AUGUCGGACGUAGAAGAGAACAACGCCCCCGAGGUGGCCGAGGAGGUCGAGGUUUCCGCCGAUGCUGGCUCCAAGGGCCAGAUGUCCGUUCUUGACGCCCUUAAGGGUGUCCUGAAGCUUGCCCUCAUGCACGACGGUCUUGCCCGCGGUCUCCGCGAGGCUUCCAAGGCCCUUGACCGUCGCCAGGCUCACAUGUGCGUCCUCAACGAGGCUUGCGAGGAGGAGGCCUACAAGAAGCUCGUCAUUGCUCUCUGCUCUGAGCACAAGAUCCCCCUGAUCAAGGUUCCCGAUGGCAAGCAGCUCGGCGAGUGGGCUGGCCUUUGCGUUCUUGACCGUGAGGGUAACGCCCGCAAGGUCGUCAACUGCUCUUGCGUCGUCGUUAAGGACUGGGGUGAGGAGUCCCAGGAGCGCUCCAUCCUCCUUAACUACUUCCAGACCGAGCAGUAA